AUGGAAAUCAGUACGAAUGAAGUAAAAUUGGCUCUCACUUUAAGCACUAUCUCCAGGAGAAAGAUCCUUCUCAGAAAGCCGCUGAGCGAAAGCUCCAGCAACCAAACACGAGAGUAUCUCCAGUUUAUGAAAAGAAUAACGAAGGGCUCUGAGAUCGAGGAAAAGCCCGAUGGGUUCUCGUACACCCCCGGGACCAUACAAGGAGGAGCCAUUUCCUUCCAGUGCAUCCACAACACAGUGCCUGACUUAAUAGCCAACAUCCUUCCCAUGCUGGCGUUCUGCAGGAUUCCCGUGCGUCUGAGCAUAAAGGGGACAACGAACGCAAAAGACUCUCUUUCCAUAGAUAUGAUCAGAGCCGUAUACUGCAAAAUAUUGAGCCAGUUUGGAGUGGUUUCUGAAAUAAAAAUCAACAGAAGAGCCAUACACCCCUCGCACGACGGAGAUGUGCUGCUUAUUGCAGAGACAGCAAAUUCUCUCAACCCAAUUGUCUGCGACAAAAGAGAGGAGCUGAAGAGAAUCAUAGGAAUAAACUACUCUGCGCGGAUAAACAGCGAUGUGCUCCACAGAAUAACGAAUGUAGCGAGAGAUAAGCUGAAGCCCAUCACGCCGUCAGUUAAGAUAUACAACGACAUAGGAAACAGCAAAACAUCAGCAGAGACUCCUGGGUUUGGGUCAAUCUUGCUUGCUUUUGGAAACAACUCGAUAUACGAGGCAGAGUGCACUAUUGAUGGAUCUGACUCUCUUAUUGAUGUUCCUGCAGAGAAAAGAAUGACCAAUUUACUUCGAAACUUUUUAAAAAACAUUCGAACAAGCGGAUCGUACAGCCACACGAUACAGCAUUUUGUUUUCGUCCUUCUUGCCCUGACAACGGUCGAUGGAAGCGCCGUCAUAAUCAGAAAAAUAUCCAAAAAAGAUAAAGAGGUUUUAUUUUUGCUGGAAGAAAUACUGAAAUACACCUACACAAUAGAGCCGUAUGUAAAAACAGAAAAUGACAUUGAGUCCGGGCUGUCUGAUGAGCUGCUGCUCAUUAAAUCGUGCGGUGUUGGGUACACCAACAUACACAAGCCCGUCCAGUAG